UCAGACACUGUUAGAGUCUUUCUCCUGGUGCUUUGUAAGCUCUUCCUUUCUCCUUAAUAACCUCUGGUGUCCUUUCUCAACACCAGCCAACCACCAAAUCCUCUUAAGUUACUCUGAAGCUCUGAUUGUUCUCUGACUUCUCCCCCCGCCCUCCAGCAACUUCUCCUUCUAUGAAACUUCACUGAUUCCAGUCCUUUUGUAGCUCUCCCGCCAGACGGCGAGCCCCUCAAAGGCAGAAUUCCGUUUUCUUUCGCCCUCUCCUGAGCGCUCCUGCAGUUUCUGGCGCAUAGUCAGGGAUCAGCAAACGUUUGUGACAGAGCGCAGCUCUUCACAAUAGUGAGAGCUGGACGGGAGGACCCAGGCUGGGGGCUUGGCCGCAGAAGGGGCCGGGGCUCGCCGGGGACCGUGAAGUUAACCGCGCGUCGGGAGUGCCAGUGCCAAAUUAUAUCAGGGUGCUGGCACCCAGCCACUCCUCUGCCAAUGAAGUACAUCCUGGUUACUGGUGGGGUCAUCUCAGGCAUUGGGAAAGGGAUCAUUGCUAGCAGCAUUGGGACAAUUCUAAAGUCGUGUGGACUCCGAGUUACUGCCAUCAAAAUCGACCCCUAUAUUAACAUCGAUGCCGGCACUUUUUCACCAUAUGAACACGGUGAAGUGUUUGUCUUAAAUGAUGGCGGAGAAGUUGACUUAGACCUGGGAAAUUAUGAAAGGUUCUUGGAUAUUAAUCUUUAUAGAGACAACAACAUCACGACUGGGAAGAUAUAUCAUCAUGUGAUCAAUAAAGAGAGGCGUGGCGAUUACCUGGGGAAAACAGUACAAGUGGUCCCUCACAUUACUGAUGCCGUCCAGGAGUGGGUGAUGAACCAAGCCAUGGUGCCUGUGGACGGGACUAAGCAGGAGCCCCAGAUCUGCGUCAUUGAGCUGGGUGGCACCAUCGGAGAUAUUGAAGGAAUGCCAUAUGUGGAAGCUUUCAGACAAUUCCAGUUUAAAGCCAAGAAAGAGAAUUUCUGUAAUAUCCACGUUAGCCUUGUCCCACAGCCCAGCGCUACCGGAGAACAAAAAACCAAACCCACGCAAAACAGUGUCCGUGCACUGCGAGGCCUAGGGCUCUCUCCAGAUCUGAUUAUCUGCAGAAGUUCAACACCCAUAGAAAUGGCUGUGAAGGAAAAGAUUUCUAUGUUUUGCCAUGUGAAACCUGAACAGGUAAUAUGUAUCCAUGAUGUUUCUUCCACAUACCGAGUCCCUGUGCUUUUGGAUGAACAAGGCAUUGUUAAGUAUUUUAAAGAGAGGUUGGACCUGCCCGUUAUUGACUCUGCAAGUAAUUUGCUUUUCAAGUGGAGAAACAUGGCUGACAGGUAUGAAAGGUUACAGAAAACGUGCUCCAUAGCCCUGGUUGGCAAAUAUACCAAGCUCAGGGAUUGCUACGCCUCCGUGUUCAAGGCCCUGGAACACUCGGCCUUGGCCAUCAAUCGCAAGUUGAAUCUGAUGUACAUAGACUCCGUUGACCUGGAGCAGGUCACAGAAAAUGAAGACCCUGUGAAAUUCCAUGAAGCAUGGCAGAAGAUAUGCAAAGCCGAUGGUAUUCUUGUGCCAGGAGGCUUCGGAAUCAGAGGAACAUUGGGAAAACUCCAGGCGAUUUCUUGGGCCAGGACAAAGAAGAUUCCUUUUCUGGGAAUUUGCCUUGGGAUGCAGCUAGCAGUGAUUGAGUUUGCAAGAAACUGCCUUAACUGGAAAGAUGCUGAUUCCACAGAAUUUGAUCCAAAUACUCCCGUUCCUGUGGUGAUUGAUAUGCCUGAACACAACCCAGGCAAUUUGGGAGGAUCAAUGAGGCUGGGAAUAAGAAGAACUAUUUUCAAAACGGAAAAUUCCAUAUUAAGGAAGCUUUAUGGUGAUGUUCCUUUUGUAGAAGAAAGACACAGACAUCGAUACGAGGUGAACCCUAACCUGACCAACCAAUUUGAGCUUAGUGACUUACAUUUUGUAGCUCAGGAUGUCGAUGGGGAGAGAAUGGAAAUGAUCGAACUGGCAAAUCAUCCCUAUUUUGUUGGUGUCCAAUUCCAUCCUGAGUUUUCUUCUAGGCCGAUGAAGCCUUCCCCUCCAUACCUGGGGCUGUUACUCGCAGCAACUGGGAAUCUGAAUGGCUAUGUGCAACAGGGAUGCAAACUGUCAUCCAGUGAUAGUUACAGCGAUGCCAGUGAUGACAGCUUUUCAGAACCAAGGGUAGCUGAGUUGGAACUAAACUGAAAUGGAUACAUGACUUGGAAUAACGGGGGCCGCCUGAGAAGUAAUCGAAGAUGAAGGAACUGUCUGAAGAAAUCACCACACUCUUGUAAAAUCACUCUGUUCUUCAAUAGACACGGAAUAUAAAGUCUCGAAGGAGAUCAAAUAAUACCUACUUCCAUGAAUGAGAAUCAAAGGGGUCAUUUUCUUCCCACCCCCAGACGUGAUCAUGGUUAUCACAAAUUCCACUAGUUGAUUAAACUUUUCCCAGCAACCUCAUGGGGGAGAAAGUGUGUUCCUGUUUUGUCCGGCGUAUUGUGAUAUCAAGAUGAUGAGCAAGCCCCGGUAGCUGAGCCUGCACGGUGUUGUGUGGAGAGGGAAGCAGGACAAGUGCUGUAACUAACUUUGAGUCAGAAACUAGUCAUCCUGUUGCCUGGAACUCAACUGUAGACCUGUGCGCAGCCCAAGCUUAUUUCAAUUUCUCAUGUUGUUUACCCCCUUUUCCAGCUAAAAGUACAAUUAAACAGGUCCCAGGCUAGGGGGUGGCAAGUAAGACACUCACCUCAGGCACAAAAUUUAAGGGGCGUCAAAAAACUCAGGAAUCAACAUCAAUUUUAUACAUAUACAUUUGUUUUAAAAAUCUUUUUUGAGGAAUAAUUCAUGUAAAGUACAAUUCACCAAUUUGAAGUGGACAUUAUGAUGCUUCUCUCAUUCCCCCUUCCCCUGUCACCUGGUAAUCACUGAUCUUCUUUUGUCUCGAUGGAUUUACUUAUUCCAGAUAUUUCUUAUAAGUGGAAUCAUGCAAUACUUGUCCUUUUGUGACUGACUUGUUUCACUCAGCAUAAUGUUUUCACAGUUAAUUCAUGGCACAGCAUGUAUGAGAACUUCAUUUCUCUUCAUGGCUAAGUAGUAUUCUGUUGCAUGUGUGUACCACACUUUGUUUAUCCAUUAAUCUGCUGAGGGACACUUAGAUUGUCUCCACCUUUUGGCUAUUGUGAAUAAUGCUGCAGUGAGCUUCGGUGUACAUUUGUCUGUUUGAAUCACUGCUUUCAAUUCUUUUGGGUCUAUACCUACGAGAGGACUUGCUGGGUCAUAUGGUAGCUCUGUGUUUAACUUUUUGAGGAAACGCCGAACUGUUUUCCACAGCAACUGCACCAUCUUACAUUCCCACCAACAACAUCUGAGUGUUCUGAUUUCUCCAUAUCUUCGUCAACAUUUGUUGUUUUCCUUUUUUUUUGAUGUUAGUCAUCCCAGUAGGUGUGAACAUACAUAUAUUUUAUAACUGAGGUGAAAUUCAUGUAAGAGAAAUUGACCGUUUUAAAGUGAACAGUUCAGUGACAUUCAGUACAUUCACAGUUUAGGCAACCUCUAGUUCCACAACAUUUUCAUCAUCCCAAAAGGAAACGCUCAUACCCAUUAAGCAGUCACUCCCCAUUUCCCCUUUUCAGCCCCUGGGAACCACCAAUUUGUCUGUUUUUAUGGAUUCACCUAUUUUGGAUGUUUCAUAUAAAGGGAAUUGUACGAUACGUGGUCUUUUGUGUCUGGCUUCUUUCACUCAGCAUAACGAUUUCUAGGUACAUCCAUGUUGUGGUAGGUAUCAGUACUUCAUUCCUCUUUAUGGCUGAAUAAAAUCCUGUUGUGUGGCUAGACCACAUUUUGUUUAUCAAUUUAUCUGUUGAUAAAGGUGGUUGUCACUUUUGAUGAUCGAUAGAACAACUAGAAAGAAACUCAACAAAGAUACAGAAGGUCUAAGUAACACAAUCAACCAACUUGACCUCGUAGACAUAUAGAGAGCACUCCACCCAACAGCGGUGCAGUACACAG